UUAGUUGGCAUAUUUCAGUGGCUAAGUGCGAGCCGUUUGUCUAUGCUCUCCCUUAUCUCCUCCUGAGUUUUUGAUUCCCUUCGUAAAAGAGAAUCAGAGGAAGGAACGAAGAAGAAGAAGGAGAGGAGGUAGGGGAGAGGCCAAUCAUGGGUUCCUCUUCGUUAUCUUGUUUCUUUCAGAUUUCAUCAUCCACCACUAACUUCUCCAUUUCUCCAAAACCCUCCCUCCCUCCUCAAAAUUUUCUUCUUAGAAUGCGCAGAACAAGACCUAUUGAUUGUCCUUCUUCGUCUUCUCGCGGAAUUCUUCACAAGUCUCUCCCUCUUGCUGCUUCAAUUGCUAUCCUUCUCUGCUCAACCCCACCUGCUCAUGCAGGGCUCAUGUCAGGAUUCUCAGGAAUAGAAUCUAUUCCUGGUCCUCAGCUUCCUCAAAUUGACUUUCUGAAUCGUCUAAACGAGGAAAACCAGAAGAAAUAUGCUGAGUUUGAUGAAAGAUUCAAGUCUUCUCCUUUGCUGAAGAAGCUGCUAGAGCAAUCCAAGUUGAACAAAGAAAAGAAUCGGCAAGAGAUUCAGGACAAGUACUGCAUACGUGGCGCAGAAUGGGGAGUAGGAGAUUGUUCAGCGGAAGGAAUGUCUCCUGAUGAGAGGGACAAAUUCAUAGCCAUGUUGAAGCAGAAAGCUGCGGAAAAGUAAAAGUGAUGCAAAUUUUGUAGCACACAACUUUGCCUUUUAGAACUGUCAUUAUUCAGACUAGAAUGUAAAGGAAACUACAAUCCCACAUCUAUCUUUCAUACUUGUUUUAGAGUUUCAAACUUGGCCUAUGUGUAAUUGCUGAGAAGGCAGGAGCUCAUGGAUGUAUCUGGCUUUCUUCUUCCUGGUAUAGGUCGUUUUUUUGGCAGGUUCAGUUUUCUGUCCUGUCCUUUUGGUUAUGUUCUAGAAUGUAGACAUGAAAUUAGUCGUUUAUCUGCAUUCAUAGUUCAUUGAUGUAUUGUUGAAUUGAAUACCAACUUUGUCCAAUCUAAUCUUCUUCUGGAUGGUCUGAUUAGUAACAUUAA